AUGGUGGUUUUGGAGUGGGUGGCCUUCGGAAACUCUCUCCCCAGUGAUGCGGUCUCAAUUUACAAUGAUUAUGUUGGUCGCACUGAUUAUAUCUGCAAAUACGGUUGUGACACUGGCUUUUAUACCCCUGGCAAGGGUCCUUAUUGUUAUUAUCCCUCCAAUGACAAAGAACACAAAGGCACCCCCUUUGAUAUACUAGUUAACAAAGACAACUUUGAGCUUCUGGAGUGGAAAGAUGAUUCAUAUGGUUCAGUGCCUCAGGAUUCAGUCUGUCCCUGCUCCAAUAUAUGUGUAGGCAGGGAUAAAUAUGGACUUGGCAAAGUGGACAUUAAAAAUGAGGCUUUCUUCUUGCCUUAUAAUGGUUAUGAAUAUUGGUACAAAUAUUAUCAGGUCCUGACCACCAGUGACAAUAUAGUCAGUGAGCACAUCGAUGAUGUCCAGUACGAUCUGCAAAACUACAAAAUCUCCAACUUAGGGAUUUUGACCAUGACAGAAUCAACCAUCAAAAACUAUGAUUGUAAUCCAGCACAGAAAACAGAUACCCUCACAGCAACAUAUCAAGUAGAGAAGACCUGGGAAACCACUUCUUCUGUUUCGUUGGGUGUUGAAACAACCAUCACUGCUGGCAUCCCUGAAAUUAUGGGCACAAGUGUUAAGAUUAGCGUGGAUGUGACAUUCAAGUUCACUAAGAGAACAACUGUCACAGAGAGCAUAAGCGAUUCUUCUACCUUGACUUACACUGUGCCACCAAACCGCUCCUGCAAAGUUCUAAUGAAGGGGCAAAAAGCCAAGCUCAACAUCCCAUUCACAGCACGUGUCAGCCGCACCUAUGGUGAUGAAAAGAAGACCACAACCACAACAACCAUCAAAGGAGUGUAUAAUGACGUUCAAAUGAUAAAUAUUGAGACUGCGUUGGACCAAUGUAAAAUUUUAGAUGAAUCUAAAAAAUGUCCAUAA